AUGUCGGGGUCAAAUGCUUCCGAGCAAGUGGAGGCGUCGUUUGACCAGACGCAGGCACACAUACGGUCACAUUCGGCGACCUCCGCCCAGCCGCAAUCUGGCGCUACACCAUUCUCACUUGACCCAGAGGGCUCCAGCGCGUCUCGUUUGUGGACGCGGCGACAUUCCCUAACGUCGACGAUUCUCCCGCGCCCCUUCGAUUCAACUGGAGAGCAGAGCUCGACUCCAUCGACGUUGUCGGUGGCGCUCGCCUCGCAGGAUCAGCAAGGCCCACAAUUCAACCCCGAAACCGUGGGUAACCGAGCCGGUCCAUCUCCGAAUCGGGCUGGAUAUUCCGCUAUCGCACGAUCGCCUGCAUUCCCACGCGGACUGGAACAGGAAGAGGCAUUCGGAGACCUCUCCAUCCUGGGCUAUCCUGUGCCACAACACCGCCCAUCCCACCGCGCGCCUGAACGUCUAGCUGAUACGCCUGAUGAGUGGGGUAUCCUCUCCGCCCUCGGUCCCGUGAGCCAGACGGAGCUCGUCAGCGUUGGAGACUGGCAGCCUGGGCAACCCAACGGUGUCGAGACCCUGGUGCAAACCGCGGCGGCCGCUCACCAGGCCGCUGCAACGCCGUCUGAACCACAUGUUGGAACCCCUGCGGUCGCAUCCGCUGCCGUCGCUGAGCAACCGCAAGCGGCACAGGCUAGCGCACGGCAAAAUGCCCUCCUCGCACAGGCUGUCCGCGACCUUGAACUCAUCGAAGCCCGAGUCAGGCAUCUGCAACACGCCGCCAUGGCUGUCAACCGCACCGUACACGAGGCUGGUGACUCUGACAACUUCCUAACUCAACUUAGACGGGCUGGACGCAUUGCCGAGCAGGCAGAGCAGCGAGACGGAGAUCUUGCCCCGGCUAGGGUAGCAGCUCGAGAGGAGGUGACGUCGGCUCGUGGUAACGAAAGACCACAGCGCGCAUCUAUGGUCCAAGGUACAGGCGACUCGCAGACUCCCCAACCUAACGCGGCUCCACUGGUGACGGUGGCCACUACUGUUCAGCCACCGCCUGCCGCAUCCGCAGAUAUACCAGUAAACGUACCUGUCCUUGACUCCCGCACUACUAUUCCCCGAGUGGAGAGGAACAACGCUGUUCGCGAUUGGCGGAACGGCGUUGCGCAGCAGCCCCAGCUCCCUCCAUAUACGCCAUGGGAUGCACAGCCCAACCCCGCGCCGGCUGAAUCGUCCUCGCAGGCUACCAGAGACGGGCCUCCAAUGCCUCAGUACCGCACUCUCCACGUACCGAGCUGGACCGCCUGGCGUCCUCCCAACCUUGAGUCCAACCAGGCUGGUCCGUCGGCCUCAUCAUCAGCGGCCGAACGGCAUCAGGCCUCGCAGUACUCUGCCUUCGACUCGUCUAGCGGCAGCCACUCGCCAAAUCACCUGCACAAUAAUUGGAACCGGAUGCGCCCGGCCGUUGCUGAGCCAUCACAUCAAUACCUGACCUUACCAAUGCGUCCCAGUGCCAAUCCCUUACUACCUCCAGCCACCGAUGCCAACCUGCAUUACGGGCAGAACCCGUUCGAACAUGCUCCCACUCGGCUUGAACCUGGAUCUUCCUCAGUUCGUGCACGUAACCUCGCAUGGCGUCGGGGGGUGCGAGAGCUGGACAGAGAGCGCGGAUCUGAUAUAGCGGGGCCGCCCCCCGCGGCCAGCGGCCUUCGUCCUUUCUUGUUAGGGGCUCAUCCUCCCUUCCGGGUCAGCCCCAACUGGGACGAGUCUGGGCGCCCGUUUAACCAGCCGGUUAACCCGGCUGAGCGCAAUGUUCCAUCAUCGGCUUCGUCGGCACGAGCUACCUCCGGCGACCCACCUACAGUAAACGGCGGUACAUUGUCACACAGUGCCGUUCCUCUGCCUCCUGGUCGUGGCGUCCCUCUGUACGGAGGCCUUUACACUCGCAACUCGGUGGGGGACGACGAGGCUGCCCGCCACUAUUUCUACAACACGCAUAACACUGUAAACCCCUUCCAGCACGGGUUCCGAACCAUUGAGCGCUCUCCCGUGCCCGUCCCAGCAUAUGGCAACUCGGGACAGGUUGACGGUGGAGACCCCGUCGAUCUCUCGGACCGCACGCUUCGCCGUUCUGGAACACAACCGAACCUCAUCCAGCCGCCUUCAAGUGCCUCGGGCGCUCCUCCACAGGCCCAGCCCCUCACACCAGCCUCAGCCACCACGCGUCAUCGGCACCCAUUGAGAGACCUCUAUGCGCGAAUUGCAGUUGCCUACUCUGAUGAUCCUGAGGAGCGCGUAGUUCGCUUGUUAGCUGUCGCCCUCCUCACCUUGGAUCCAAAGACAUUCAUUGAUGGCAAGGUCGGCGCUCCGACCGACUUCCGGCUGCACACGGGGAUGACGGCGGCGGCCCGCACAAAACUGUUCACCCGUGUUGCUCGCGCAGUCGCCAUCUUCCCGAUGUUGAGCCGUCGCCAGUUCAUGACCAACGUACUCGCCCGGAGUCGCUGGGCGAAUGCGCAGGUCGAAGGCGAAAAGGACGAAAGCUGUGCCAUCUGCCAGGACGACUACGAACCCUCCCAGUUCGUCUUGGUCACGCCCUGUAGCCACAUGUACCAUAGCAGCUGCCUUGAGCGAUGGAUCAAGACGCCAAACGUCUCAUCCUGCCCUAUGUGCCGCCGCGAUUUGGCUUUACUCCAUGCCACCAGUCUGCUCUGCGACGAGGGUAAGGACGCAGCACGCCAGGUCUGGAUGCAGAUGCCGACAGAUCUGGUCCCUCCGCGCGACCACUGA